AUGGUAGGAAAGGUUGAAGACUGUGGCUCCAGAGGGCUCAAAGCAGAGGUUUAUACAGAGGAACAUGAGAAGCAGUUGGGGGAUUGUAAUACAAGCUGGCCCCCUGGGUGGGAUUUGGUUAAGGGAGAAACUUGCCACCAAUGCAGGCAUAAACUCUUGGCCAGCAUACACAUUGCUGCAAAUGUGACCGGUCCAAGGGCGUUAUGUGGAGAUUGCUUAUACACGAGAUAUGGAGAGAAUAGCUUGAAGCCAACCAAAAUCCUGAUUGGGGUUUGCCCUGUUUGUCGGGACUCUGCAACUGCAAUCUUUGCCGUAAAGCAAAAGGGUGGGAACCCACUGGUCUCAAAACUGGGUUACAAGUCUGUGGCGCAUUAUCUUAUUCAAACCCACCAUUCCCAGAUAAAAUCAGAAACCUCAGGUGCAGAGGUUGCUGAAGAGGGAUCUGAGCCAUCUUCACAUGAUGAAUUUCUGGAAAGCACAAGACAUCAACCUGAGGACCUAAGGCAUGAUGAGGGGUUCUUCACAACGGAAGAAAAAAUGGGCGAGGUGCACUUCCUGGGCAUCAAGCAUGUUGAUGUCAAUGAUGUGGGUAAGCUAGAUGAUGUUGCUGCUGCUGAUGCUAAUGAUGGUGAGGCAAAGGAAAAGCCAAGGAGAGAAACAAGGGAUGUGGCUAUGAAGCAGUUAAUGGCAACAAUUCAAACGUUUGAUGUAAUUCGUCUGGCACAAGGCAUGAAUAUCAAUCGAGCCAUAUUAUUUGGGAUCCGCCGCAAGGUCUCCAUCAGCUCCAGCCACACGACCUCAACUCAUCCAAAGUCAUUACGGGUUUCUUCACCUAGGGCAUGUUUACGUAUCAGCACAGGCAAUAGGUUUAAUAUAUCAUCGUUUACAGAGGAAACUCAUCAAUCUCCACUGCCCCCUGUUUUUAAUGGUGGUUCAGAGAAAUCGAGGCCGAGGAGGCACUCGGAAGUGAACAGUGAUGAAGGAACCGUAAGAAUGGAACUGCAGAGGUUUCAGGGUACGAGCAGUUCAGGGACCAAAGGAUCAAAGGAACAAGGAGAGAUUGCAGAAGCUGGGUCUUUUGGACUUCUCGCUGAAGCUCAAGCCGAAAGCUGCCCCUCCAAAACGUUCCCAGAGUCAGAGAGACCCUUCUGUUCAGACCAAAAUCCACAACUCUGGGUCCCCGCCAAGGCGCUCUUCUAG